AUGUUCCUUUACAAUUUAACUUUACAGCCUCCAACUACAAUAAACGUCGCCGUAGUUGGCCACUUUUCUGGUACAAAACAACAAGAAAUUGUCGUUUCCAGGGUAACUCGGCUGGAGCUUUUAAAAGCUGAUCCAAAUUCGGGUAAAUUACAAACGCUUUUGACUCACGAUGCUUUCGGAAUAAUAAGAUCGUUGACUCCUUUUAGGUUAACCGGAAGUUCAAAAGUGCGUUCAUUUUCUCGAACGGUCACAAACUUUCAUGUCACAACAGACUAUAUUAUAGUCGGAUCUGAUUCAGGGCGUAUAGUCAUUUUAGAAUACAAUCCAAUCAAGAAUAAAUUUGACAAAGUUCAUCAAGAAACUUUUGGUAAAUCAGGAUGUAGAAGAAUCGUUCCCGGUCAGUAUUUAGCUGUAGAUCCAAAAGGCAGAUCUGUUAUGAUAGGUGCAAUCGAGAAACAAAAAUUGGUUUAUAUUCUUAAUCGUGACUCGGCGGCUAACCUGACUAUAUCUUCGCCGCUGGAGGCACACAAGUCACAUACCUUAGUUCACCAUUGUAUAGGUUUAGAUGUUGGAUAUGAAAAUCCAGUAUUCGCUUGUUUAGAAGUAGAUUAUUCUGAUGCAGAUAUGGAUCCAACUGGUGAUGCAUUUAAUAGUACUGAAAAGAUGUUAACUUACUAUGAAUUGGACCUUGGCCUAAAUCAUGUAGUGAGAAAAUGGAGUGAUCCAAAAGUUGAGCUCCUAAUAAUUGUAAAAAAAAAUUGUUACUUAGUUCCUGGCGGAAACGAUGGUCCAUCAGGGGUAUUAGUUUGUUCGGAAAAUUUCAUAACGUACAAACAUCAAAGGGUGCCUGAACUUCGAAUACCUAUACCACGUCGCAGAAAUCCUCUAGAGGAUCCUUCACGUGGACUAAUCAUUGUAGCAGGUGUCAUGCACAAAAUGAAAGGUGUCUUCUUCUUUUUACUACAAAGUGAAGAAGGUGAUAUAUAUAAAGUUACACUUGAUUAUGAGGAUGAUAGGGUGAACGCAAUUAAAAUUAAAUAUUUUGAUACCGUGCCUGUCGCGGCGUCAUUAUGUAUACUUAGGGCUGGUUUCUUGUUUGUGGCUGCGGAAUUUGGAAAUCAUCGACUCUAUUCUUUUACAAGUCUCGGCGAUGAUAACGAUGAGCCUGAAUGGUCAAGUGAAGAGUUUAUGGACGAUGACAAGGAUAUACCAGCAGCAGUGGCAUAUUUUACGCCGCGAGACCUUCAAAAUUUAGAACGUGCAGAUGAAUUGGAGAGUUUAAAUCCAUUAAUUGAUGCUAAAGUUUUGAAUCUUACAGAUGAUGAUACGCCUCAAUUAUACGCUCUAUGUGGGAGAGGUGCAGGAUCAACAUUCCGUAUAUUAAGACAUGGUCUAGAAAUUUCUGAAAUGGCUGUUUCAGAACUACCAGGAAAUCCUAAUGCUGUUUGGACUACGAAAUUAAAGUCUGACGACGAGUUUGAUGCUUAUAUCAUAGUAUCGUUCGUAAAUGCUACACUGGUGUUAUCUAUUGGUGAGACGGUGGAGGAAGUGACUGAUACUGGUUUUCUUGCCACAACGCCCACAUUAGACGUACACCAACUUGGUGACGACGCGUUACUUCAAAUAUAUCCACAAGGCAUACGACAUAUUCGUGCUGAUCGACGUGUUAAUGAAUGGAAAACGCCAGGAAACAGAGCGAUUGUAAAAGCGGCAACGAAUAAACGCCAAGUUGUGAUAGCACUAACUGGAGGAGAGCUUGUGUAUUUUGAAUUAGACAAUCGAGGCCAAUUAAAUGAAUAUCAAGAACGCAAAGAAAUCUCGUCUAAUGUAACAUGCUUAAGUGUCGGCGAAGUGCCUGAGGGAAGACAGAGAUCAAGAUUUCUGGCCGUAGGCUGCGAUGAUAAUGCCGUGCGAAUUCUUUCUCUCGACCCUGAUAAUACGUUAGAAGUACUUAGUACUCAGGGUCUUAAUGCGCCUCCGCAAUCUUUAUCUAUCAUUGAAAUGAUGGAUAUUGGUACUGAUGCGUCUCAUGGAACCCUUUAUCUUAACAUAGGGUUACAGAAUGGAGUUUUAUUGAGGACGGUGUUGGAUACUAUAACAGAAAAAAAUGCAGCACCUGAGAUGUUUUUCACUUUACAUUAUUCUCUUAGAUUUCUCGGUGCUCGACCCGUGAAGCUUUUUCAAGUUACAAUUCAAGGAGCUCCAGCAGUUCUAGCUUUAUCAAGUCGACCUUGGUUGAGUUAUACCUUCCAAUCUCGGUUACAUUUAACGCCUCUUUCGUAUGAUAUGCUUGAAUACGGUUCUAACUUUACUUCGCCUCAAGUACCUGAAGGGAUCGUGGCUAUUUCAGCUAAUACGUUGAGAAUUUUUGCCGUGGAAAAAUUGGGAACGGUUUUUAAUCAGGCUAUAAUACAACUUAAUUACACCCCACGUCAUUUUAUUCUUCAUUCUCCUUCAAGAAAUUUUGUUGUGAUUGAAAGUGAACAUAAUACCUAUUCUCCGAUGGAGAAACAAAGAACCCUGGAAGAAAAAAUUAAUGAAGGGAAACGUUUUGAUCCGAAUUUAUUGGAGUUAUCACCAGAGAUAUUUGGAUUACCUAAAGCUGAACCUGGAAAAUGGGCAUCAUGUAUCCGCAUCAUCAACCCAUUUCUAGGUGAAACAACAUCAAAAUUUGAAUUUGAAGAAAACGAAGCUGCAUUUAGUAUUACAACAGUUAAUUUCCAUGGUCAUAAUAAUGAAUUAUUUCUUGUUGUAGGAACCGCCAAAGACGCAAAUUUGGCACCUCGCACAUGUUCAUUGGGAUAUUUAUACGUGUAUCAAUUUAAUGCUGAUGGAAGCGAUUUAAAUCUUCUUCAUAAGACCCAAUGCGAUGAUAUACCAUUGGCGUUAUUGCCCUUCCAAGGAAGGCUUUUGGCUGGCGUUGGUAAAGCUUUAAGGAUAUAUGAUUUAGGAAAAAGAAAAUUAUUACGAAAAUGUGAGACAAAGGCGAUUCCAAAUUGUAUAGUGAAUUUACAUACACAAGGCAAUCGCAUAAUUAUUUGUGAUAUGCAAGAAUCGAUUCAUUACGCAUCAUAUAGGCAACACGAUAAUAGAAUUAUUAUUUUUGCCGAUGACACUACUCCACGAUGGAUUACAUCCACUGUAAUGAUAGAUUACGAUACAAUAGCUGGUGCUGAUAAGUUUGGAAAUUUCUUUAUUGAUCGAUUACCAGCUGAGACUAGUGAAGAAGUUGAUGAGGAUCCUACCGGUAAUAAAAUAAUGUAUGAAAAAGGAUAUUUAAUGGGUGCCCCUCACAAGGUAUCAAUGAUAUUACAUUAUCAUGUUGGAGACAUUCUUACAUCUCUUCAUCGAACAACUCUUGUUGCAGGAGGGCGUGAAAUUCUUGUAUAUACUGGUAUUAUGGGUAAUAUUGGAGUAUUUGUUCCAUUUUUAACUAGAGAAGAUAUUGACUUUUUUCAAACACUUGAAAUGCAUAUGAGAAACGAAGCACCACCAUUAGCAGGGCGUGAUCAUUUACAAUAUCGUAGCUUUUAUGCACCCGUUAAAAGUGUAGUGGAUGGAGAUUUAUGUGAACAAUAUAAUUUAUUACCUAUGGAGAAGAAAAAAAUGAUCGCUGACGAAUUAGAUAGAACUCCUGCAGAAAUUCAAAAGAAAAUUGAAGAUAUGAGAGUUAUGACAGCGUUUUAA